AUGUCAUUAAGUCACCUCACUUUGAAUCAAUAUUAUGAGAUACAAUGCAACGAACUUGAAGCAAUACGUUCCAUUUAUAUGGAUGACUUCAUUGACUUGACCAAAAGAAAGUCCAGCUGGGACAAGCAACCUCAGAUUAUCUUCGAAGUCACCCUUCGAUCUGUUGCUAAAGAGCCAGUAGAAUCAUCUAUUACGUUGCAUUUUGCGAUGACGCCAAUGUAUCCUUAUACAGCCCCAGAAAUAGAAUUCGAAAAUGUACAGAAUGUAAUGGAUAGCCAACUGCAAAUGCUCAGAAAUGAGUUUAAAAAAAUUCAUAGCACCUCUCGAGGUCAAGAGAUUAUAUUUGAGGUAACAUCAUUUACGCAAGAAAAACUGGACGAAUUUCAAAAUGACGUUAAUACACAGUCCUUGGAAGAUGAUCGGUUGCAGAGGAUCAAAGAAACUAAGGAAAAAUUAGAAAAGGAAGAAAGAGAAAAACAGCGGGAAACAAUAAAGAAGAGAUCUGAUGAACAGCGAAGGAUAGAUGAAAUAGUUCAAAGGGAGCUGGAGAAAAGACAAGACGAUGAUGAUGAUGAAUUGCUAUUCAAUAAGUCCACUCAGUUGGAUUUACAUCCACCUUCAGAAUGGAUUGCAUCAGGGGAAGCUAUCGUCUUUUCAAAAACUAUAAAAGCAAAAUUGCCUAAUAACUCAAUGUUCAAAUUUAAGGCAGUUGUCAAUCCUAAACCGAUAAAAUUGACAUCAGAUUUAUUCAGUUUCUCCAAACAAUUUCUUGUGAAGCCUUAUAUACCACCAGAAUCGCCGUUGGCAGAUUUUCUAAUGUCUUCUGAAAUGAUGGAAAAUUUCUACUAUUUGCUUUCCGAGAUUGAGCUGGACAAUAGUUAUUUCAAUACAAGUAGUGGGAAAAAAGAAAUAGCCAAUUUAGAGAAAGAGCUAGAGACUGUGUUAAAAGUGAAACAUGAUAAUGUAAAUCGAUUGUUCGGUUAUACAGUAGAGCGCAUGGGGAGGAAUAACGCUACCUUCGUUUGGAAAGUAAGAUUUUUGACAGAAUAUUCCAAUCACUACCCUGUGGGAGAUCUGAUACAAUCCGUCGGAUUUGUUAACCUAGCAACAGCACGUAUUUGGAUGAUCAGAUUACUUGAAGGAUUAGAAGCCAUACACAAAUUAGGCAUUAUUCAUAAGUGUAUUAAUUUAGAAACCGUGAUUCUAGUUAAAGAUGCCGACUUUGGAAGCACUAUUCCAAAACUAGUUCAUUCGACUUAUGGAUACACUAUUUUGAAUAUGCUAUCGAGAUACCCAAGUAAAAAUGGCUCUUCUAUUGAGCUCUCUCCAAACACAUGGAUAGCCCCCGAAUUGGUGAAAUUUAAGAACGCAAAGCCUCAGAGAUUGACUGACAUUUGGCAGCUUGGUGUUUUGUUUAUUCAGAUUAUUAGCGGAUCUGAUAUAGUAAUGAAUUUUGAAACACCACAGGAAUUCUUAGAUUCAACGAGUAUGGAUGAGAGCUUGUAUGACCUUCUUUCGAAAAUGCUUAACGGCGAUCCGAAGAAAAGAUUAGGAACAUUAGAGCUACUGCCCAUGAAAUUCUUGAGGACUAAUAUUGACUCUACUAUCAAUCGAUUUAACUUAGUCUCUGAAGGUGUUAAUUCUAACUCAAUGGAAUUAGUUCCUGGUGAUACAUUGAAUAUUCGAGGGAACGGAGGGAGAACACUCUCACAAACUAGUAUACGAAGAAGGUCAUUUAACGUUGGCUCCAGAUUUUCUUCUAUUAAUCCUGCAACGCGAUCUCGUUAUGCUUCGGACUUUGAAGAAAUCGCAGUUUUGGGCCAGGGUGCAUUUGGCCAAGUUGUUAAGGCACGUAACGCUCUCGAUAGCAGGUACUAUGCGAUCAAAAAGAUUAGGCAUACGGAGGAAAAGUUAUCUACUAUACUAAGUGAAGUAAUGUUGUUAGCAAGUUUGAAUCAUCAAUAUGUUGUACGCUAUUAUGCUGCAUGGUUAGAAGAAGACAGUAUGGAUGAAAACGUUUUUGAAUCGACUGAUGAAGAAAGUGAAAUAAGCCGGUCUUCCUUUGGUUUCGAAGAGAACAGUUUAUUAGAUCAAAGCAGUAUUUUUAAUAGUAGAACGAACCAUGAUUUGGAUAAUAGUAACUGGGAUUUCAUAUCAGGAUCAGGAUAUCCGGAUAUAGUUUUCGAAAAUAGCUCUCGUGAUAAUGGGAAUGAAGAUUCAGAUCAUGAUACUUCUUCAACUUCUUCAAGCGAAAGCGGCGAUGAUAUUGCUAAAGAAUCGGAGAGUAUUCAAAAAAUUCCAAAAAGGAGGAGUGGUGUAAAGCCCAUGAUAGCUUUUAAAAAAAAAAGUACACUUUUCAUUCAAAUGGAGUACUGUGAAAAUAGAACGUUAUAUGAUCUGAUCCAUUCCGAAAAUUUGAAUCAACAACGCGAUGAAUAUUGGAGGUUAUUUCGACAGAUACUGGAAGCUUUGAGCUACAUACAUUCUCAAGGUAUCAUUCAUAGGGAUCUGAAGCCAAUGAAUAUUUUUAUCGAUGAAUCGAGAAAUGUGAAAAUUGGUGAUUUUGGGUUAGCUAAGAAUGUCCAUAGGUCCCUGGAUAUUCUCAAGUUGGAUUCACAAAAUUUGCCAGGAAGCUCAGAUAAUCUAACCUCUGCUAUUGGAACAGCUAUGUAUGUUGCCACUGAAGUUUUAGAUGGCAAAGGCCAUUAUAAUGAAAAGAUUGAUAUGUAUUCACUUGGAAUCAUAUUUUUUGAAAUGAUCUAUCCAUUCAGUACGGGUAUGGAGAGAGUAAAUAUUUUGAAAAAGUUACGAUCGGUGUCGAUAGAAUUUCCUCCUGAUUUUGACGAUAAUAAGAUGAGAGUUGAAAAAAAAAUUAUAAGGUUGCUUGUGGACCAUGAUCCUAAUAAAAGGCCUGGGGCCAGGACAUUAUUAAAUAGUGGUUGGCUUCCUGUUAAGCAUCAAGAUGAAGUUAUCAAAGAGGCUCUGAAGAGCCUGUCAAAUCCUUCUUCCCCUUGGCAACAACAAGUGAGAGAAAGUUUAUUCAAUCAAUCUUACAGUCUAACGAAUGAUAUUUUAUUUGACAACUCAGUUCCCACAUCUACUCCUUUUGCGAAUAUCCUCAGGUCUCAAAUGACAGAAGAGGUGGUUAAAAUCUUUAGGAAACAUGGAGGUAUUGAAAAUAAUGCUCCCCCAAGGAUUUUUCCAAAGGCACCCAUAUACGGCACGCAAAAUGUAUACGAAGUGCUUGAUAAGGGUGGUACUGUCUUACAGUUGCAAUAUGAUUUGACCUAUCCUAUGGCUAGGUAUCUGUCUAAAAAUCCAAGUCUGAUUUCCAAGCAAUAUAGAAUGCAACACGUUUAUAGACCUCCUGAUCAUUCAAGGUCAAGUUUGGAACCUAGAAAGUUUGGUGAGAUCGACUUCGAUAUAAUAUCAAAAUCUUCUUCGGAGUCAGGUUUUUAUGAUGCAGAAAGUCUGAAAAUUAUUGACGAAAUAUUAACUGUAUUUCCUGUAUUCGAGAAAACAAACACUUUUUUCAUCUUAAAUCAUGCCGAUAUUUUAGAGAGUGUUUUCAAUUUCACAAAUAUUGAUAAAGCUCAAAGGCCAUUAGUUUCACGAAUGUUGUCACAAGUUGGCUUUGCGAGGUCGUUCAAGGAAGUGAAGAAUGAAUUAAAGGCGCAAUUGAACAUAUCUUCCACAGCACUAAAUGAUUUGGAAUUGUUUGAUUUCAGACUAGACUUCGAAGCAGCUAAAAAGCGCCUUUAUAAAUUAAUGAUUGAUAGUCCCCAUCUAAAAAAGAUUGAAGACUCUCUGGCACAUAUAUCUAAAGUGCUAAGUUACUUGAAACCCUUGGAAGUUACGAGGAAUGUUGUGAUAUCUCCUUUGAGUAACUACAACAGCGCUUUCUACAAGGGAGGUAUAAUGUUUCAUGCAGUCUACGAUGAUGGAUCUUCACGUAAUAUGAUAGCUGCUGGAGGAAGGUAUGAUACUCUGAUAUCUUUUUUUGCUAGGCCAUCAGGAAGAAAGAGUAGCAAUACUAGAAGGGCCGUAGGUUUCAACUUAGCAUGGGAAACAAUAUUUGGUAUCGCGCAAAACUAUUUCAAAUUAGCUUCUGGAAAUAGGAUAAAAAAGAGAAAUAGGUUUUUAAAAGAUACAGCUAUUGAUUGGAAACCAAGCAGGUGUGAUGUAUUAAUAUCAAGCUUUUCAAAUUCUUUGUUGGAUACAAUUGGGGUCACAAUACUAAAUACAUUAUGGAAGCAAAACAUCAAAGCGGAUAUGUUAAGGGAUUGUUCUUCGGUGGAUGACGUCGUCAGCGGUGCUCAACAGGAUGGUAUAGAUUGGAUUUUGCUCAUUAAACAACAAGCGUAUCCUCUAACCAAUCAUAAAAGGAAAUAUAAGCCACUUAAAAUAAAAAAACUGAGUACCAGUGUUGAUGUGGAUCUAGACCUUGAUGAGUUUUUAACUUUGUACCAACAAGAAAGCGGCAACAAAUCAUUAGUCAAUGAUAGUUUGACCCUAGGUGACAAGAGUGAUGAACUUAGAAGGUGGGAUGAAAGCAGCAGUGCCGGGAGUAGUCAAGAAGGUGAUAUAGAUGAUGUUGUUGCUGGUUCGACUAAUAAUCAAAAGGUAAUUUAUGUUCCAAACAUGGCUACAAGAUCCAAAAAAGCUAAUAAAAGAGAAAAGUGGGUUUACGAAGAUGCAGCCAGAAAUUCUUCGAAUAUGAUAAUACACAGUCUAUCUAACGCACCAAUUAUAACUGUUGAUGCCCUAAGAGAUGAAACUUUAGAAAUAAUCUCAAUUACUUCAUUGGCUCAGAAGGAAGAAUGGCUGAGAAAAGUAUUUGGAUCAGGUAAUAACUCAACUCCUAGAAGCUUUGCUACUAGCAUUUAUAAUAAUCUUUCUAAAGAAGCACAUAAAGGGAAUAAAUGGGCAAUACUGUAUUGCCACAAAACCGGAAAAUCGUCUGUUAUUGAUUUACAAAGGUAA